AUUGUAGGAAGCAGAGAGAUUUGAUUUGACCAUCCCCAUGGGCAUCCCUAGUGUGUAUGUCUCACACCUUUGUUGACAAAGUCAUGAUAUGGAAUUGAAGCAGCGGCCUCUCUCCAACAACAUAUAUUUAUUUAUCAUUUUAUUUCCAUAAAUAAAAUAAUUUGGCCCCAUAUGAGAACAUAAAGAGGAGAGUCUCAUCAUCCCGAAAAAGCUAGAAGAAGAAGAAGAAGUUGAAUUCAUAGAUCUGAUCUAUCAGUAGAUAGGCAUGGAGAAUAAUAAUAACAACAAACAGAACUCAUCCUCUAAGCUAAGGAGCAAGAUCUUGAAGAUACUACCAAAAGCGGCGGCAGCAGUUCACGUGACAUUCCAGAACCCUCCAUUCAGCCCCGGCAGAGAUCAUCACAAUCACAAUCACAACACAGGUUCCUCAUCAGGAAGCAGCAAGCUCAAACCAUCACCAUUCUCUGGGCCCAUAAUGAUUCCAGAUGAAGCCAGAAGAAAGCCUAAGCAUGGUGGCAUCGAUACACAAGAACCCACCUCACCCAAAGUCUCCUGCAUAGGACAGAUCAAGAACAAGAAGAAACGGAUCAUCAACAAACAUAACAGUAACAGUAACACCGACACCACGACCAAGAAGGAGGGUUCAAAUAGGUUCCAGAGGAUGUUCUUCCACACUGGCAAACCAAAAACAGGGCUCAAAAACUCUUCUGCUAUUCCUGCUCCUUCUUCAAAGUCUUCUUACUUGCUUGCUCAAGAGAAUAAUAAUGCACUACCGAUUGGUCACAUGCGCCGCUUUGCCAGUAGCCGCGAAACGUUCUCUAAUUUUGAUUGGAAGGCUCAGAUUGCGCCUGAGGACAUCAAUAACAGGGAUUGCUACUCUGAGGAUGACAGACCCGCCGCCGGGAGUGACGUCGAAGAUGAACACGAUGAAGAAGAAGAGGUCGUUAUCCCUUUCUCAGCACCUAUUGGUGGCAGAGGUGGCUGCAAUGGCGAUUUUGGUGGCAGAGGUGUUGAUCAUGAGACUCUGGAUAAUUUGAAUUUGCAGCCACGGAAAGAGAUUAAUCUGUGGAAGAGAAGAACCAUGGCACCACCUAGGCCUCUUCAGCUCAAGCCAGUGCUCACGGCCAAGUGAUUAUUAUUUUUCUUCUUCCCCCUUUCAUUUCGGUUAAAGUUUGUAGAUUUGUUCUUUUCUUCUUUAUUUUUCCUGUUUCUUCUUAUUCUUAAUUUCUUAUUAUGAUUAGUAUUAUUAUUAUUAUUUACACUUUGUUGGAUCAUGUAUUGAUUCCAAACAACUGCAAGUAAUAGAUUUAGGUACAAACUAAAUAAACGAAUAUUAUUGUCCUUGUUCAUGGCGGCUUCAUGAGUCGCUAAGAGGCAUGCACACGGCACUCCUACCACUCAGCCAAUAUAAUACCUACAUACUUUUCAGAACAUUGAAUAAACAAACAAUGCAAAUUUGCAUGACCAUACCGGAAUAUUGUGAUUCU